AUGGCUCCACUCACCCUAUUGCCUGGCUGUCAAAGCUGCGCUGAUGAGCUGAAGCAGAGAAUCUCAACACUCUACAAGAUCCAGGACGCUGAGAAGUACUUGGAUACAAUUCCACAUUUCCCGGGGCCUCUGCUGCUUCCACUGUGGCUACAGCUCCGGCCGAUGACUUUGUUCAGACACCUCAACAAUCCGUGGGCUCAUUUGGGAGUGAAACCCAAAGCCUCAGCCGGUGCUUCACUCUUCCACCUCUCCGCGGAGACGCGGCCAGCUGUCAACUGGCAUGGAAUGGCCAGCUGUCAACCGCUAAACUUCACUCCACACCAACCGGAGCCCUGGACAGCUGUAGGGAGGGAUAGGCGCCGCACAGCGCGCCCGUCUCUUCCUCCUUCUCCGUCAUCCCAGGAUAUUCCGCUAGCCAACAGGUUUGAGAUCUUAGACAUGCAGGAUUUUCCUUCGCUGGGGGAUGUAAUUGUAAUUUUAAUGUCUUUGUUAAGAACUGCUUGAAAUGCCCCCCACAACAGACCUUCUAAUCAACAGAUCAGUUAAUCAUGAUGUCUAGACAUCAAGAAUCAACAUCCUGCAGGAUACUCCAGGUGUGAAACACCCCCACCACCACCCAAGGGGGGGUGGAGUGACAGUCCCCACAGAAAACAAAAGAUGCCAACAUCAAAGCCCCAUUCCUUCCCCUCUGAGGGGCGGUCCUCAAGCAUAAAUGUUCAGGUUUUCCCAUGUUCUGGGUCUUUCUUGAUUCUAACUGCUCGGAUGCAGAUUGACCUUUUCUUUGCAAAGAAAAUAAAACCUUGUCUCUAUUUCAUUCUUCACCAGCAGCAAUGGGAAAAAACUUCCACGACAGGGAACAACCGUGAUAUCGGGUCCCAACAUCCUCAUCAUUCUCUUGACGCCGGCUGUGGCCCUCACCAGCUGCAGUGGCACAUCCACCGUCAGCGCCCAGUAA